UGUGUUUUUUCUCUUGUUGCGGAUUCCACGAGAAGAAUCAGAGCCGCCAACAAGACAGAACUAUUGUCAAGAAUGGCGGAGGAGCAACUCGAUCUCCUCGGUCUCCCGAAACCGAAGUCGAAGAAAGUUCGCGAGAAGCGUGAAGUGGUGGUCAUCAAAUCAGCGGUGGAUGCCCAGAAAUUCCAUCUGGAAAAACUCAUGAGGAAUCCUGAUAAAGAAGUCUUCAUACCAGAGCGCAAAGUCGAGACUAAGCAGUAUAGGACGCCUGACUUCGUGCGGAACGUGAUGGGCUCGUCCGCCGGCGCGGGAAGCGGGGAGUUUCACGUGUACAGGCAAUUGCGAAAGAAAGAGAAUGUCAGAAUGAAAAUGAUGGAGGAAGAGGCUGAAAAAGAGCGUCUCGAUCGAGAAUUCCGGGAGAGAGUUGAAGCGACGAAGAAAGCUGCCGAAGAGCGCACAGCUAAGAAACGCGAGAAGCGGAAGAAAAAGAAGCAAAACAUGAAGCAGAAACUGAAGAAGAACAAACUUUCGGCACCUGAAACCGAGCGAGCGUCGUCGUCAGAGAGUGAUUCGGAGGAGGGUGCAGACGCAACUGGCGGAGAGGAAGAAGGGAGAUCAAAGGAGGAUUCAGCCCCUGGAGUAAAUGCGGAGCCUGACGUCGAAUCUAGUUGAUUUGCGAAAUGGAGGAAAUAUAUAUUUGUAAACUUGUAGAUAAGAACUCGACAUGCUCAAGACAGUAAGGCACUACAGACUAUUUCGCGUACUACCCGGCGGAGGCUCUUUUCCGCGAAUGAGAGGGACCUAGGAGCUGUGUGUGGUCGUCGAGUUCUGCGGGCCGCGUGUAUAUUCGUGAUCGGAGACUCUCCGAAACUCAGGUCGGGGGUUAG